AAAAUUUUAUUUUCUAAUGUAAGACGAUCGAGUUAGAUACAUGUAUGAGUUUUGUUUAAUAAAAGGAAUUCUGUGUAUUCUGAACAUAGAAAGGAUCUUUCUAAAAACAUGGACGUUGUUUGUUUUGCUAUGGCUGUUGAAUUAGAUAGAUUGGUGCAAGAAAACAAUUUACUUAAAGAAGAAGUGAGGGAAAUCUCAAAUCUAAGAGUUGAUCGACUAAAUUAUGAAAAAUAAAUAGGAGAUUUGAUGAAUAGACUAUAAUAACUUAUAGCUGAAAAUGACAUGUUAAAACGGGAUAAUGAGAAAAUAAAAGCUCAAUUGAAUUAAGCUAAUUAAAAAGCCUAAUAAUUAGAGGGACAAGUGUCAGACUAUUUAUAAGAAAUAUAAACAGUCUCUAAUAAAUUAGAAGAUAUUACAGGAGGAGAUGGAGGUAUAUAAUAUAAUAUUAAUAUUUUUUAGAUUUUGACAUUGAAGCAUUAAAAUAAAAGGCAGAAUUGUUAGAUAGUUUAGCUAAAGAUGGAUAAUCAAUGGAAGAUCUAUCAGAUUUAUUAGAUUCUCUUAGAGAAAAAGCUGAAAAAUAUGAUCACCAUUUAGAAUUAUUAAAUGGAAGAGAAUUAGAAGAUGUUUUAAAUGAUCUUGAUGAAUUGGAGAAACUUAGAAAAUUGGUUAAAGAACUUUAAGCCAAAUUAAAUGAAUUAUAAAAAGAAUCAGAUUUAAUGAAAAAAAAAUCAAAAGAAUUAGAUGAUAUGAAAAAAAAAUUAGGAGAUGAUCCAAGUAAAGAAGUUGAUAAAUUAAGAAAAUAAUAAAAAGAAUAAGAUGAUUUAAAAAAGAAACUUACUGAUGCUUUGAAAGAGAUUGAAUAAUUAAAGAAAUUAUUAAAUGAUAAAACUGCAGAAUGCAAUAGAUUAGGUUAAUAAGUUGCUUAACUCACUUAAGACAAUUAAGUUAAAGAUUAAAGAAUUUAAGAAUUAGAAAGAUAUGCUUAAUAAUAUUAAGAAUUAUAAAUAAAAGUAAAUAAAUUAGAAUAAGAAUUGGAUAAUGUAUAAAGGUAGUUGAAAGAUAAAAGUUAAUAAUUGGAAGAUAAAACAAGAUUAAUCGAUAAUUUAAAUAGAGAAAUCUAAUAAUUAAAAGCUGAAAUUUAAAGAUUAAAAGAUUUAAUUGCUAAUUUAGAGAGAGAAAAAUAAUAAUUAUUAUAAUAACAAUAAUAAAUGUAAAAUUAACUUGCUUAAUGUUAAGAUUAAUUAAGAAAUUCUUAAGCAUAAUUAUAAUAAUUAAAUUCAAUUGCUAAUUAGAAUGAUGAUGAGAAAGAGAAGUAUGAAUAAGAAAUAGAUGAAUUGAAAAAUGAGAUUGAUUCACUUAAAGAAUAAAUAGAAGAAUUAAAUGAUGAAAUAGCAAGAUUAAAAAGAAAAAUAUAAGAAUAAGAUGAUUAGAUUGAUUCAUAAACUAAGACUAUAUCUAAUAAAAUAUCAAGAAUAAAAGAAUUAGAAGAUUUAUUGAAUUAAAAAGAAAAAGCAAUUAAAGAAUAAGAAUUAAAAAUAAAAAAAUUACCUGGUUAAAGUGUAGUUGUAGGUGGUGGAAGUAGAGGUUAAUCAGGAUAAUUAGGAUAAGGAGGUCCAGAUGGUAUCAAUAAAUCUAUGUCUAAUUAAUUAUAAGGAGGAACAGGAUAACCAGGUAGUAGUUUUGGAUUAAAGAGUGGAAUUGGAGGUUUAGGAGAUGAUUCUUAAACCACAAUUAUGUUAAGUUAAUAUUAAGAUGUUUUAUUGGCUUAUUUAUUAAUUGCAGCUGAAAAUGAAAGAAUAAGCGAAGCUCUUAAACAUACAGUUAGUGAUUUUGAAUUAGUAUUAGUAGAUUUAAGAAAUGCUGAAGGAGAAAUAUCGUAUUUAAAAAAAUCUAUUUCAGAUUUAUAAGCAUAAAUAAAUGAUGUAUAAAAUUAAUUUUUAUAUAGCUCCGUUUUUAAUUAGAUGAAGCGAGAAGAAAAUCUAUGAAUAAUGAAGAAUUAGAAAGAUUAAGAAGAUAAUUAACAGAAUAUGAAAAUAAAUUAGCCUUAUUAUCAAUGGAAUUGUAAAGAUAGAAAACAGUCUCUGGUUCAGGAUUAUAAGGAGUAUCCUCAUAAAUAUAAAUGAUCUCUUAAUAAAAUACUUAUGGAUAUGAAGACAAAUAGAUCAAUUUUGAUUAAUAAUUUAGAUCACCAAAAGAUUCACAAAGAAAUUUAAAUGUCAAUAUAGUAGAAGAUGAAUCUUGGAGAUUAAAGAAAAUUAUAGAAGAUUAAUUAUGUUUAAUAGUUCUUAUGUCAGCAGAACUUGAAACCCUAAGAUCUUAAGAUUAAACUAAUGCAAGAUUAAGUUCAUCAGGAAUUCAAGGUCAAAGAUCAACAAUAUAAACCAGUUAAGUUUAAGUAGGAUAUGGAAAAAGCGCAAUAUAUUGAAUAAUCAUAUAUUAAAAAAUCA